AUGAAAUUAACAUUCAACAGUGUCACGAUUCUACCCUGUACGGUGCUACUAUUUGUUAUUAUUCAACCAAGCUAUCAAUAUGUUUAUUCAUGUAAUUCAACUGUAGCAUGUGGAUGUUCAUCUAAUGCAGCAUCAGUUACUCGAAUUGUUGGUGGAGAAUCAGCAGGAACAAGUACUUGGGGUUGGGCUGUGUCUAUUUCCAUCAGUGGUACUUCAUUAUGUGGUGGAGCUAUCUUGUCAAGUUCAUGGAUUAUUACAGCAGCACAUUGUGUAAAUGGAAUCUCACCAUCACAAGUAUAUGUCUAUGCUGGUUCGAACACUCGGUUUUCUGGUCAAUCUCGAGUUGCAUCUAGUAUUACUGUACAUUCAAGUUAUGUCAGUAGCACUAAGCUAAAUGAUAUUGCACUAAUACGACUUGGUACUGCACUAACAAUGUCAAGUUCGACAGUGAGCAAGAUCUGUAUACCAUCGGUAAGCUCAACUACAUUAUCUGCUGGUGAGUGGCCAUCAGCUGGUUUAGCUGUUGUGGCUGUAGGAUGGGGUAGAUUAUCGGAAGGUGGUUCAUUGCCAUCAACUCUUCAACAAGUAACUGUUAAAACAAUUGACUAUCGUUACUCUACUUGUAGUUCUGUAUUAAAUAACCGACAAGUGCAAUUUUGUGCUGGUAUUUCUGGUGGUGGUAAAGAUACAUGUCAAGGUGAUUCUGGUGGUCCUAUAAUGAUGUUUACAACAAGUAAUCAAUGGGUAUUAGUUGGUGUGACUAGUUAUGGUAUUGGAUGUGCACGAGCGUCUUAUGCCGGUGUUUAUACUCGUGUAGCUUAUUAUCAAGAUUGGAUAAGAAUAACAACGAGUGGUGCAUAUACAAAUGCUACUUCGUCGAUCUCAGCAGGAAUAGAUCCUCCUACAUCAACUGCUUCACUAAGAACUGUCCAUCUAUCAUCUAUUUUUCAUUCAUUAUUUCAUCUUUGUUCAUUCGUUCUCAUCAAAAUUUAUCUAUUAUAA